ACUAUCAACCAGAGGAGAGAAGGUGGCACUCCACAGUAAAGGUAGGAGACUACCUAUAUAUGUGGGGUGGGUACGAGUAUAGAAUACACUAUGAUGUGAUGGAGGUGUAUCACUUACCAACUGGUGCUUGGGACCAGAAACCUACUACUGGUACCCCACCACCAGGUACCUGGGGCUAUUCAUCUGUCGCCAUAGGAAAGGACAUAUAUUAUUUUGGUGGGCGUGAAGCUGAUGAUCAAAACAGCUUACAUUCCUUUGAUGUGGAUUCAUUUAAGUGGAAGGAAUUCUCUCCUUCUAGUUGUGAUCAUGGUCCAAUGAAAAAGGGCUUAUGUGAGAUGGUAUCAGUUAAUUUUGACGGUGAAGACUAUCUUAUAAUAAUUGGAGGCUAUGGAUCAUCUUCUAUCAAUCCUCCAAAGCAACCUGAUGCUCAGUAUUCAGGUGAUGGUAGAUAUGAUACUCAUACUGCUCAUGGAGAUGAUCAUACUGCUCAUGUAGAGGAUAGUGUAUCUGAUGUAAGUGAAGAAGAGGAACCUGUUGUUAAUGGUUCUCAUGAAACUGAUGGCUCUAGUACUCAUGGUAAUAAUGCUCUCCCUCGCUAUCCUACUCGUCAUCGAACGGCUCCUAAUAGGGGUCCAUUCAUUUAUUACUGA